UCCUGUCUCUACACUCAAGCACUGGGCGAUGUGAGCUUCUGGAAUCCUCAGUGCGAAGUCUCCAAUCAAACAACCCGGUCGGACAAACCGAGAGAGCGAGGGAGGAAAGAGCAUGCGUCUCAUUUGGAUUAACCGAGACAAGCCCGUGAUUUGGCCCUGAUCAAUACACGAUCUUUUGCCACUGGACACCGGAAACGACCGCCAGAUCACGAUCUAUCAAAGAACAACGAUUGAGCCUGAUAAUAAACGAAGAGGACUAUGACACAGGCGCUAAAGAGGCCAAGCACACGGGCCUAAUGAACUGGUUGUGCAACUCGUAGCGCCGUCAAGCUCCUUUCUGCGUUCCUUGUGUGCACUGCAGGAACAUGUCUGCGGCGCAGACUCAAAAUGACCAGGAACAACGUUGGGGUUGUCUGGAAUCUCUUGGCCUCAGCCAAAAGGAGCUGGUCUUGGCAGAGGCCCUGCAGAUGGAGUAUGACGCCCUCGCCCGCCAUCGACAGGACAAGGGCCCAGCAAAUACGCUACCCCCUGACACCAGCAAGUCCUCGCCCUCAAGGAGCGAGCCCACCCUGCCUAGACGUGUUCCCAGUCCCCCUUGGAAUAAUUUGCAGCAAAGUGUGUCCGAGUCUGACCCCAUGCUCAACCACAUUCAACCCGGAGUGUCGAACCUAUCACGUUCCAGCGGUGAGACUCACGGAUUCAGUAAGGAGCCUCCGUCUCGUUACAUCCUGGACGAAUGGGAAAGUGACUUUGAAGGAACAUCGCAAUCGCUGUCAAAAGGGCUUCCAUCCCUAGAUGAGCCUCCGCCACCGGUGCCGCCCAGGAAUCCUCUCCCCCAGAACGAUCCGUUUAUUGUCCAUCGAAGCUUAGCCCCACGGGAUGUCAACCUGUUCACUCCUGAGGUGGACCGGCCCAAGCUUUCCUCCAGAGACACUCUGAACUAUGACAACCUCAAUGACUCCCUGAGCAAGCUAAAUGGGGAUUGGCUGUCACCUAAUAGAAGCCUGAGAGUAAACGGGGACAAAUCAGGGAAGGCAGUAGCUCGCAGUAACACCCUUCCUCCACAAAUUCCUCCCCGCACCUAUCUUCCGGGACAGAAGAGCACUAGAAGCCAGCGCAGAGUAUCUGUUGAUCCAGUAUCUCUGGGUUCCAGACCAAAUGGCUUUGGUUACGAGCUCUUUCAGGUGUCUGAAGAGAGGGAUGAAGAAGUGGCGGCCUUCUGUCAUGUACUUGACUUGCUACGAUUGGCAUACCCGUGCAACGACUACUCAAAAAAUGCGGGCUUUGUUUGGAGCCCAUGUGUGGCUCAAGAUGAACUGCAGCAGGGCCUAGGGGUCAGCAUAAAGGUCACAGUUUACAGUUUCCACUUCAGAGAACCGCACACUUUCUCUUGUGAUGGAUCUUCAACCAUAGACCUGCUGAUCUAUCAGACCCUCUGCUAUUCCCAUGAUGACCUGGAUAUGAUUGAUGUGGACGACUACCUGCUGAAAAUCUGUGGCCAGGCAGAGUUUCUCAAAAACACUGAGACUCUGGCGAGCUUUGAGUACAUCCAGCAAUGUCUGAAGUUUGACUGGGACAUUCGACUCAUCCUUACCAAACGGAGUUCUGUCAGCAUGGAGCUCACCCGAAUGCUUGAGGAUGAUGACACUCCAUCCACCAUGAACCACAAUAUUCUACUGCAAGAGAGGCCAAUCAAACAGACUGUGACCAGGGAGGCAUUGACUCUUCUCCUGGAUACCUUUCACAACGAGGCUGAGUCUUUCCUUUUAUCGGAGGUGGAGUUACCAUUGCAUGUGGAGCGUUUAGUGCAGUCGGUGAAGGCCCUGUGCACUUCUCUAGCAGCUGUUGAAACGCCUGACAUCACUGCUGCCCUAAACCAGCUGCCAGCUUGCCCCUGCAGACUGCAGCCUAAAGUGCAGAAGGAUGUCAGUGUCUUGGUAAAGAAAGAAAACAGAGUGGCAAUUGUGGAGAAGUUGACUGCAGCUAUCUUGGAACUUGUGGAGCUGUACUGUAGCACUUUCAAUGCUAAUUUCCACACUAUGCCACACAGCAGCAGAUCCACAGCCCCCAUACAGGAAGCUGGCAUGGUCACCAACGUCCUUUCCUUCAGUGUUUAUGCGGCUCAUCGAAUUCCCAUCACAUGGGCUGCCAGCUAUGAAAAUUUCUUCCUGUCCUGUUCUCUCACCCACGGUGGGGUGGAACUAUGUGCCCCCCAGCACACCAGUAAACAGUCUGUCAGCAAAUAUCUCUUCCACCUGGUAGUGUGGGACCAAAGAGUUUGCUUCCCCGUCCAGAUCAACCAGUUGCCAAGGGAGUCACAGCUGACUGUGAUGCUAUAUGCCACGCCUCUACCGCCCCCUGGAAGUGCGGAGGAGAAGAGCAAGCAGAAACGCAGCAUUGAAGCUCUGGGCUGGGUCACCAUGCCUCUGUUCAACUUUAGGCAUGUUCUGACGUGUGGGAGGAAGCUGCUGGGUCUCUGGCCUUCAACCGCCGGCAGUGGAAAUGCUCGUUCCAGUACGCCCAACUUCAGCCAGCCAGACAGUGUCAUCCUUCAGGUGGACUUUCCCACUUCUUCUUUCGAAGUACGCUUCAGCACCCCCGCUCCUGCAGAGUUCAGCCCCCAGUACGAGUUCUCGCGCCUGGACCAGGUCAGCCAGAGGCAGCUACAGGAUGUCUUGCACAAGAAGUCCCUUUUCUGGUUGUCUCCGGAGGACCGGCGCCUGUUGUGGGAGAAGCGUUAUUUCUGCCAUGCGGAAGCCAGUCGUCUGCCUCUGGUCCUGGCCAGCGCACCCAGCUGGGAGUGGGCAUGCCUGCCUGACAUCUAUGCCCUGCUCCGCCAGUGGGAAUGCAUGAACCACCUGGACGCCCUAGGCCUGCUGAAUGCCACGUUUCCAGAUCAGGAGUGCAGGCGGACGGCUGUACAGUGGAUGGACUCCAUCUCUGAUCCUGAGCUUUUGGACUUCCUUCCUCAGUUAGUGCAGGCGCUGAAGUACGAGUGUUAUCUGGACAGUCACCUUGUGCGUUUUCUGCUGAGGAGGGCCAUCGGGGAUGUGCGCAUAGCUCACUACCUUUUCUGGUUGCUGAAAGAUACUCUUCAGGACUCUCAGUUUAGCGUGAGGUAUCAGUAUCUGCUGGCGGCUCUUCUCUGCUGCUCCGGUCGAGGUUUAAGGGAAGAGUUUGAUCGGCAAGGCUGGCUGGUCAACAUUCUGGCUAAACUAGCCCAGCGGGUCAGAGACGCCUCGCCUUCAUCCAGACAGACUAUUCUACGUGAGGGGCUAGAUGAGGUGAAACAGUUCUUCUGUUUGAACAACAGUUGUCGACUUCCUCUGAACCCAGGCCUGCUCGUCAAGGGCAUCAACAUACAGUCUUGCUCCUACUUCAACUCUAAUGCAGUGCCCCUCAAGCUCUCGUUCCAGAACCAGGAUCCUCUGGGAGACCACAUUAACGUCAUCUUUAAGGCUGGAGAUGACCUGCGGCAAGACAUGCUGACCCUGCAGAUCAUUCGGAUCAUGAACAAGAUCUGGAUCCAGGAGGGACUUGAUAUGAGGAUGGUCAUCUUCCGCUGCUUCUCUACGGGACGGGGCAGAGGGAUGGUAGAAAUGAUUCCAAGUGCAGAAACCCUGAGGAAGAUCCAGGUUGAGCAUGGAGUAACUGGUUCUUUUAAGGACCGGACCUUGGCGGACUGGCUGCAAAAACACAACCCGACUGAAGAGGAGUAUGAAAAGGCGGUGGAAAACUUCAUCUAUUCGUGUGCUGGUUGUUGUGUGGCCACAUACAUUCUAGGCAUAUGCGACCGGCACAACGACAACAUCAUGCUGAAGACCAGUGGACACAUGUUCCAUAUUGACUUCGGCAAGUUCCUGGGGCAUGCACAGAUGUUUGGCAACAUCAAACGCGACCGGGCUCCUUUCGUGUUUACGUCUGACAUGGCAUAUGUCAUCAAUGGAGGUGACAAGCCAUCAAGCCGCUUCCAUGAUUUUGUGGACUUGUGCUGUGAGGCCUACAAUCUCAUUAGGAAACACGCACAUUUGUUUCUUAACCUGCUUGGCCUGAUGCUGUCCAGUGGGAUACCGGAGCUGUCUGACGUGGAUGAUCUGAAAUACGUCUAUGAUGCUCUGAGACCACAUGAAUCAGAAGCAGAUGCCACCAUGCACUUCACCAGGCUGAUUGAGUCAAGUCUUGGCAGUGUGGCUACCAAACUCAACUUCUUCAUCCAUAACCUGGCCCAAAUGAAGUUUGCAUCCUCUGAGGAGCGUCCCGUUCUAUCAUUUGCUCCUCGCGUCUACACUCUUAAGAGUGACGGUGUCAUUCGGAGCCUGUUUGUUUGCAGACACAUCAAAACCUUUAGUCCUAGCAAAGGCUACUCUUAUGUUGUAAAAGUGGAGCGGGAAGGUCAACCGGGGACAACAACUUUAGUCCAGAGGACCUUCGAGGAGUUCCAUGAACUUCACAGUAGACUGCAGCUCAUCUUCCCUUCCUCAAAACUACCCAGCUUCCCCAGCCGCUUUGUGAUUGGUCGGUCUCGAGGAGAGGCCCUGGCAGACAGAAGGAAAGAGGAGCUAAAUGGAUAUGUUUGGCAUUUGAUCCAUGCUUCUCCAGAGGUGGCAGAGUGUGAUCUGAUCUACACCUUCUUUCACCCUCUACCAAGAGAUGAGCGGGCAGGAAGUGUAGGAACUGUUGUUAAUGCACUCCAUAAUAAACCAGCAGAUGUGUCCUGGGCUCCUGUGCCUGGUACAGUGGCAGGUGAAGUGAAGCUCUCGAUCCUGUACAAGAGCGACAAGCUUUUCAUUAUGGUGAUGCACAUCAGAGGCUUGCAACCUUUACAGGAGGGAACGGAUCCUGAUCCAUACGUUAAAUUGUACCUCCUCCCAGACCCUCAGAAAACUAGCAAGAGAAAGACCAAGGCAGCACGGAGAACAUGCAACCCCACUUACAAUGAGAUGCUGGUGUAUGAUAAGAUCCCACGUGGUGAUUUGCAGCAGAGAACCAUUCACCUGCGGGUACUGAAUGAGGGAGCAUUCUGGGACAACACCCUGCUGGGUGAAACCAUCAUCCAAUUGAAAGACCUCACCCCAGGCCAUCGCAUGGUAGACUGGCACCAGCUUGGCACCAGAGGCUCUGACAUAAACCGUUAGCGCUUGUAUGGAUGCCCAGAAGUGAAGGAUUUCAUUUGUAUAUUUGAGUGUGCAUGUGUUUGUCUGUCUUUGCUUAUGGGUCAGGAGUUGGAGAUGCCCAGCUGCUCAGAAGACUGUUUCCUCCAGUGGGGGUUUGUGUUUGUUGAUUCUCCUACCCAGGAGAUGUGUAGAUUCGGUGAUGGAGUGUCAUCACUUGAUACUGUUCUGGUGGGGUACCGUGCACCAUGUGAACCAGAAGCGGUUCUUGGUAACACUAUGGGACAAAAACCAUUUGGUGACACAAGGAUUGGCAAAAAGAAUAUUUAAAGAUGAAAUGACUUCCAUGCGCCAUAUUUUUGGGGGGGAUUUCUGGAAAAUUGCUGUCCAUGAAACUUCAAAGCCCCAUUUUGUUUUCUUGAGGAUGCUGAUGGAAAUUUAAGUUAUUUUCUUUUCAAGAUGUUUCUCUAUUGUGGCUCAAUUUUGAGCUAUGUUGUGUCUUGUGACAUUUAGUUAUGCCUCUUUGUAUCAGAUUUUGCAGAUUUACCUAAAAAUGAAUUGUGAGGGCCGCUUUUGUACAGUUAAGUUGGGAAUUUCACGUUAACUGUGGCUUUUACCUGACCAUUUAAAAAAAGGGAUGAACACUUGAUAGUCUUGAAACCAUGGUGGAUUUAACUUGCUUCAAAUAACCACUGCAGUGGAAACGACACACGGAGAAUAGAGUGAAUGUAGAUUUGAUCAUGUAAAAUAGGUGGAUGCAUAAAAACAAAAAGAUGAGUUGCAUGUACAGUAUAUUGAACAACCGAGACAAACCAUGAGGAAUAUGGAUUAUUUCUUUACAUAAACCACUAACAUUUGUUUCUUUCUGAAAUGAUGGCACAACUUUUUUUAUACAUAAAAGGGUUUCAAAGGGACUUUACUUCAGGGUCGAUUAUUUUACCUUGAUAUAUCAACAUAACCUACACAAGGGAAAUUCUAUUUGAAAAUAGUUGAUUUGCAUGCUGUAAAAUUAAAUAUUGCAUUUUUGCAUUUGUUUGUCAAGUACAUUGACCUCAUAUUUUUCCAAGUUUUAUUGGUUAAUUUAUUUUUCCCCUUUUUUUCAAAGGGGGAGUGAAAUUAAAACUUUAGACUGUAGUUCUGUCAGUAUUUCCAUUCCUCUUCCUCUUUAUGUAAAACUGCAUGUAAAUUAAAUGCUAAAUAUACCACAGUAGAUUUUUUUUUCUUUCUUUUUCUGGGAAACGUAUGCUUAAAUAUUUUGCAUUCCGAUUUGCUUUACUUUGCACUCAGUUUGAUUUGAGAGGAAAAACAUUAUAGCUCACAGUAAGGUAGGAAGGGAAAAAGAAGUAAUUGGAAAUGUCAUUAAAUUUGUGUUUAAUCUGAAUCAUAAAAUUGUCUAGUUUAACCAAUCGCCAUUGAUGUUUAGUGUGUGUAAAAUAAUAAAAUGGGAAAACUAUGAAGUUUUUUGAGCAAAAUGCAUUAUGACAGGAACUGUUUUUAAUCUUCAUUGAAUUAAUGUCUUUAAAUCAAUUACCAACAAGUUGAAAGUUCAACCCUAUGUCGAGGUGCACUAACAAUCCAGUAGCCUUAAGCAAACUUGGAUAUGAUUAUCCAGGUCAAUGUAGUCCCUGUUGUUCCAUGGCUUUUUCUAACCAGACAAACCGGCUCAGAUGAUGUUUUUUUUUUUUCUCUCUCUCUCUCUUUUUCCAAGUACAGUACUUUCAAAUGAUGAAUGAUUGUGUUUUUUUUUUUUUCCAAAGGGAACUACUGUGUGAGGUUUAACCUAAUGGGAAAUGAUUGCAUGCCAACUCUAUAAUGGAAAACUGAGCGUUUGUUUUGAAAAUCUUUUUGUUGUGAAUGUGCAGAAAAGAUUGGGUUUAAAGGUUUAGAUCUUUUAUAACAUCUGUCACCCUUAUUUUAAUAACUAGAGAGAAAUGUGAGUGUAAAAUCAAUAGGGUUGACAUGUAAAUGCUGAGAAUCUAAUUUUGAUGUGAUCUAUGGAUUAUAAAUGGGCUUUAUUCCAUUUUUUUCUCCAUUUCUAAUUUUAGACCAUGUUUUUAAAAUGUAUUUGCACUUAAUAAAUGCACAAGGAAACUGA